AUGAAUUACAAACCAAUUCUGUUAUUCCUUGACUCUGUUAUCUCCCAAGGAAAUUCAGAAAUAUCCGAGAUUUGGUGCAAAUUAAAUUUACCUGCCUUUUUAAUCAGCAAAUUAGAGUCGGAAGAUCAUGUCGUGACAAUGACAUGCUUGGACAUUAUAUCGCAACUAUAUGAAAAGGCCGAUUCUCUAGAAAUAAAAGAUUCGAUUAUUAAUGAAAUAGAUGAAGACUCAUUUGAUUUCAUUUUAAACCUCACCGACAAUGAAAACGAAGAUUUAAGUAAUUCCGCUUCAUUUUUUAUCUCAUCGCUUUUUCCAGAUAAUGAGGAAGGUUAA